GUAGUAGAGUAAACAGAUACUUUAGCACCACCCUACUGUAGAUAUGAUGGAAGGGGCUCUCGGGACGCAGGUGAACACUGUGUAUGAACUUAUCACCAAUGUGGUAAAUCUGAUGGUUCCAGCAACUGAAAAUGAACUUCUUAUCGAACAUCAACAAACAGACUUUGGCCAACAUUAUGAUAAUAUUGAAACCCAACUUAACAGUAAUGAUACUUUAGAAUAUCAGAUUAAAAUUGAAAUAGAUCAAGAUGAAAACUUGGAAACUGAAUCCAAGUCAAAAUUAGAAGAGGAAGUCACAAAGUUCAAUGAUAAUUUGUUGACAAGUACAAAUGAAUUUAUCUUAAUGACAGCAUUUAAAAGAGCCGCUAGUGAAUUUAUAAAACAAUAUUUGGACUCCAAACUGGACGAAACAAGUAUUAAAUUCCAUGACAAAUCCAUAUCUACUCGUGAAAUUUCACUUUAUAAUAGAAUAACCAUUCUAUUGGAUUUCCAAAUAUAUAUCCUUCUCGAAAAGGAAAACAAGUUGGUAAAGAGUAGUCUUUAUCUGACCAUUGCAUACGUCCUGGAAACUCUUUUGCUGAUUUCUACAUCAGUUGUUGAUACGUUUUGGUAUUAUCUCGAGGCAAGAAUCGGAAUAUUUCAAACAUCUAUAUUUGAUAAACUUAUCACAUCUGACCGAAUAGCCAUGUUAGAAAUAUGUAAUUCAUUGACUGAUAAAUUUAACAACCAGAAAUCUGGGAAGACGGAUACUUAUAAAAAGGAUACUUUCAAUGACUAUUUCCAAUCGAGAGUAAGAGCUUACAUUGCCAAUUUAUUCAACUUGGAAGAUAACACUGGUCUUAACAAAUAUUUUAAUUGUGCAAAUAUUGUAUCACAUGAAUCAAUUUAUUCAACUUCCAAUCGGGAUGAUACAUUUUUGAGAGAUAUUUCCACCAUUAAUAAAUUGUUUAGAGAUCCUUAUUAUUAUCUCAAGGCUUCAAAUUAUAAGUAUCUUCCAAAGAUUGUUGAUACCAUGACCAAAGUAUGUCACUACUUGUUAGACGAAGAAUCUAAAUGGUAUAAAUUGGCACCUAGUAAAGACCAAUAUCUUAUAAAGAAAUCCAUUGCCACUGGUAGUGAUGAAGAAAAGAUUGCUAAACUCUCUUCGAGAGUGUUCUUCCCUGAAACUUACUCCUUGGCUGCAUUUGUAGAUAAUAAGCGGAACGCAACCUUUGACGCAAUUAAAAAGGAAGAUGCAAGCUACCUUUCCAAACAAUUUGACAGUUCUAAAGUACGACAAGUAUGUCUUUUCCAAAUCUAUCUUAUUAGUUGUUUAUUCUAUGAAUUUUCUAAUAAAAACAAGAAAUUAUUUUUGAAAUCAUUGCUGGAAACUACUAAUUUGAAGCAUUUUGUCGAAGAUACAAUUCCUGAACAUAUGGUUUUAAAUUUUAAUCGAUUGAAAACUGAAAUUCCAAAACGGUAUAAGUCUAUGAAUGUUCCGUUUGCCGCGUUCCUUGAGCAAGUGAUGAUAACUGAGAAUUAUUGGUGGGCAUGGUUGAUCUAUGGUAAAGACUCUUCAGGAAAGCCACUUUUCGCAAAUAAAUUACUUCAAAAUGAAGAACUUUUGAGAGUUUCUGAAUUAAAUAAAACCAUAUUACCAUUGAAGGAAAAGAAAUAUUUCAACACUUAUGCCACCCCACAAUUAUCUAGAAAAAUGAAAGUUUCAACGGGACUUGAGAAAUUGGAAAAGCCUAUACUUAAUAGACAAGAAAAUGAAGAAGAUAUUUCGUCAAGAUUGGAGACUGCAAUGAAAGAAUUGGAAGGUAAGAGUGGCCCUGAACUCGAAAGUUUAUGUCAAGCACAUAACGUUAAUUUAUGGAAACUACUUAAGAAGAAUAGAGCUCAAAAAUGGGUUUCAUUUGGUGAAAUGAUCACUCAAGCAAACUUGGCAGGGGAUAUUGAUGUUGUUAAGACUGAGGAGGAGUUGUUAGAUGAUGAGGUUCAAGAAUCAAUGGCAAUGGAAGUAGAUGAAGAAAAGGAAGAGAAGAACAAUUCUGGAGAUGAAAUGGGAGUUGACGACAAAACAGAACAAGAAAAAGUUGAAACUGAAGAUAAUACCACUCCAGAAAUUGAAUCUGAAGAAAAACCUACUGAGGAUGAAAGUUCUGGGAACAAGAGAAAAUUGGAAGAAUCUGAAGAAUCUGAAGAGCCAACUUCAAAGAAACAAAAGAAUUGAAUAGUCCCCAGUUAUAGAUUAACUUUUAAUUUAUAUAAAUUACUAAUUAA